AACUGGAACACUCUAUCCAAUUCUUUAAAAAAAAAAAUUUGAAUUUACACAUCCAGAAGAAGUGGGAUUCUGAAAGAAUAUUGUGGAAUGGUUAGGAGGGGUGAGACCAGUUUAGCUAGUAAGAGUUGCAACAAAUGAGUUCUGCUGGCAAGAAAGAGGCUUGAUAACCACCAUCAUGAGCUCCCAUGUGGGAGCAUCUCUUGUAAGUGACUCAAGUAGAACUGAAGAUAGUGGGAAUGAGGAUGGUGCUGAAGAAAACAGGAGCAAUGAAACUAAUCCCCUGAGCAUGAAGGCGGCGAGACCUCGGCUGAGGAGUGUAGAUCUGGCAGGAGGGGGAAGGUCCAGCAACGUGGCGCAGCUGGUGAGACCUGCCCUGCUCGGAAGAAAAGCACUAAGAAAGACCUGCAUGGAGGACAACAGAGACAGGUGGAGAGAAGGGAACCGAGAAAGAGAUGAAGAGACGCCCAAAGCUGAACAUCUUGGAAGCCGGGAAAUAGUAAAACAAAGGAAGAUGGAAACAGUUGAGUCACAGGAAGAUGGAGCCCAAGGGACGCAAGGAAGUGGGAGUGGAGUUUUGUUUAUUUCUGACAUCCAUAAAACCAGCAUUUUAGAAGUUGAAGAAAUGUCAAACAACUCUCAGAGGCCAAACGUGUGUCCUAGACCCAAGGGCUUUAGCUUCAUCCAGACUGUAACAUCCAAUUUAAACUCCCAACCCCCUCGGCCAGCUCUGCCAUCACAGAGGUUUUCAUCAAGGCCAGUGACAGGAGACCCAAACCACCAUUCAUUGAACUCAUACAGGAAUCCAGAUCCUUUCUGGGCAGAGGUCAGGACGGGAGCAGCAUCUGAACAAACGUCGCAAAACAACUUGAGUCAGACACAAGCCUCUGCUGUCACCCAGUCAGAAUCAGAAGAUGAAGAAGAUGAUGAGGAGGACAAUGCAGAAGGUGAUGAGGAAGAAGGCAGGGGGGUGGUAGAGGUGAUGGGUCAGUCCUUGACCUCACCAGAAGCUCUGCCUUAUGUCCACACUGAAGAGAGGAGGGUGAUGAGAAGAGAGAGAAACAGGAUUAAAAGUCUCAGACGGAGGCAGAGGAGAAGAGAGAGAUGGAGACAAAGUCAGCAGCAGACAAGCAGACAGAGUUCAACAGGAAACCCAAGCAGCAGCAGCAGUAGUGAGGAUGAGGAGGCCCAGAGCCCGGGGGAUAGAGAAGGUUUCAUCUGCGCUGUGUGUUUGGAUGUGUACUUCAGUCCGUACAUGUGUCAUCCUUGCAACCACGUCUUCUGUGAACCCUGUCUGAGGACACUAGCGAAGAACAGCCCGACUAAUACCCCCUGCCCCCUCUGCAGAACCAUCAUCACACAUGUUUUCUUCCAAAAGGAGCUGAAUCAAACAGCAAAGACGUUCUUCCCAAAGGAAUACCUUUCUCGGAAACAGAACUUUCAGAGAGCACCUUGUGCAAAGUGGCCUCUUCCAAGCUGCAGAAAACUCUUUCGUAUCUUUGGAGGUUUCCAGAGGCAGCCCAGCCCAGGCGGGAGACGUCAGUUCCCCCAUGCAGGAGGCUUCGUCCUCGAUGACUUGGACUUGGAGGAUGACCCCAGAGGCUGGCGUUUUGACAUGGACAUGGUCAUCAUUUACAUCUACUCCAUCAACUGGCUCAUUGGUUUCUUCAUAUUCUGCUUUCUUUGCUAUGUAUUCUUCCCGUCCUUUUGA